AUGGUGGUUCCGGCAAUAACCGACGUUACAUUGACGGCGCUUUGUCCUGGAAAAGAUAAAUGCUCAUUGGCCAUAUAUCUCACCGGAGCUCAACAAGCGAUAAUUGGACUGGGGUCACUGGUGAUGAUGCCAUUGAUCGGCAAUCUUUCCGACACAUAUGGGAGAAAAUUUGUGAUUACAGUGAUAUUGGCCUGCAGCAGGACAACGUAUUUUUUCUACACUUACUAUGUACUCAAAACUGUCAUUUCCAUGGUUACUGAAGGAAGUGUACAGUUUCUUGCUCUUGCAUAUGUGGCUGAUAAUGUUCCUGAAAGCAGAAGGGUUUCAGUAUUUGGAAUAAUGUCUGGCAUUGCAUCUGCUUCUUUCGUCUUUGGGAAUUUCUCUACCCGUUUCCUCUCCACUUCUGCUACUUUUCAAGUUGCUGCAUCGAUGGCAGUGAUAUCACUGGUGUAUAUGAGAGUGUUCCUUCCCGAGUCGAUUAUGAACAACAGAAUUUGUGCAAAGAAUACAGAGACUACUUGUCUUUUGGAAAAAGCUACCACAAAAAAGUGGCAGCUAUUCAAGAAUCUGCCUUCAGUGGAUGAUACCAUUUGCUUGCUAAGGACUAGCUCCACAUUUUCAAAAGCAGCUGCUGUUGCAUUCUUCAUCACUGUUGCAGAUGUUGGUGUUGGUGCUUCUUUAAAUUACUACUUGAAGGCUCAGUUUCACUUCAACAAAGAUGAAUUCGCUGAUCUAAUGAUAAUUGCUGGGAUAGCAGGGUCAAUUUCACAGCUGAUUCUCAUGCCCAUAUUAACUCCUCUAUUGGGAGAAGAGAAGAUGCUUUCAAUAGGGCUCUUUUUUAGCUGUGCUAAUAUGGUUCUUUACAGCACGGCAUGGGCACCCUGGGUUACUUAUGCUGCUGCCAUGAUCUCUGUUGUGGCUACUUUCGCAAUGCCAUGUUUAAGGAGCAUUGCUUCCAAACAAGUUGGACCCAAUGAACAGGGAAAGGCUCAAGGGUGCAUUACAGGCAUCUGUUCCUUUGCUAACAUUGUGUCUCCACUUGCUUUCAGCCCUUUAACAGCUUUGUUUCUGUCAGAUAGUGCACCAUUUCAUUUUCCAGGAUUCAGUAUUAUGUGCUCUGGCUUUGCUGCGAUGGUAGCAUUCGUUCAAAGCACCAUGAUAAGAGCAGAUCCUACUCCUACAAGUUGCAGCAUUGACAAUUCCAACUCUGAGGAGCCUUAG